GUGUGGCUCGAAAGACUGCAAUGUAGGGGAGUAGCUGGGAGCGACAACCCUUGUACGUGUGUUGGAGAAGUGCUCCCCGUGCUGGCAAGAGAGUUGCGUUCUUUUUCGGUGUGUUCUUCCUCGUUUUGUGUGCUCAGAUUUUUAGAAAGGCUAUCACUGACUCUUGCUGUCAGUGGUUUUAGUACCAAAGGUUACAGUUUUUACGGUUAAAUUUCCAAAGGAGUGCCAACGAAAUAGGUCUGAGGAGUUAUAUGUCAGGAUGGCCCAGUGGAACCAGUUACAACAGCUGGAAACCAGGUAUCUGGAGCAGCUCUAUCACUUGUACAGCGACAGCUUCCCCAUGGAGCUACGGCAGUUUCUUGCCCCCUGGAUUGAGAGUCAGGACUGGGCUUAUGCUGCCAAUAAGGAGUCACAUGCCACACUGGUGUUCCACAACCUCCUGGGAGAGAUAGACCAGCAGUAUAGCCGUUUCCUGCAGGAGAACAAUGUACUUUACCAACAUAACCUGCGCAGGAUUAAACAGCACCUGCAGAGCAAGUAUUUGGAGAAGCCGAUGGAUAUUGCCCGCAUUGUUGCCCGCUGCUUGUGGGAGGAGCAGAGGCUCCUGCAAACUGCCACUUCUGCUGCACAGGAUGGUCAGGCAGCCCAUCCCACUGGGACAGUAGUGACAGAGAAGCAGCAGAUCCUAGAACACAACCUUCAAGACAUCAGGAAGCGGGUACAGGAUAUGGAACAGAAGAUGAAAAUGCUUGAGAACUUACAGGAUGAUUUUGACUUCAAUUACAAGACACUGAAAAGCCAAGGAGAGUUGUCCCAGGACCUAAAUGGGAAUAGCCAGGCUGCUGCUACCAGACAGAAGAUGGCUCAGCUUGAGCAGAUGCUGAGCGCCCUGGACCAGCUCAGGAGGCAAAUUGUGACAGAGAUGGGAGGCUUGCUGACUGCCAUGGACUAUGUGCAGAAAAACCUAACAGAUGAAGAACUAGCAGACUGGAAGAGAAGACAGCAAAUUGCCUGUAUUGGAGGCCCACCUAACAUCUGCCUGGACCGCCUGGAAACAUGGAUCACAUCUUUGGCUGAGUCCCAGCUUCAGAUCCGUCAGCAGAUCAAGAAGUUGGAGGAACUUCAACAGAAGGUGUCCUACAAAGGAGAUCCCAUCAUUCAGCACCGUCCUGCUCUGGAGGAGAAGAUUGUGGACUUGUUCAGAAACCUCAUGAAGAGUGCUUUUGUGGUUGAAAGACAGCCUUGUAUGCCCAUGCACCCAGACAGACCCCUGGUCAUCAAAACGGGAGUGCAGUUCACAAAUAAAGUCAGGUUACUGGUAAAGUUUCCUGAACUCAAUUACCAGCUGAAAAUUAAAGUUUGCAUCGACAAAGAAUCUGGGGAUGUGGCUGCAAUUCGGGGGUCACGAAAGUUUAACAUCCUUGGCACCAACACAAAAGUUAUGAACAUGGAAGAAUCCAAUAAUGGCAGCCUCUCAGCAGAGUUUAAACACCUGACCUUGAGAGAACAGAGGUGUGGUAAUGGUGGACGGACUAAUAGUGAUGCCUCUCUGAUUGUCACAGAGGAGCUUCAUCUUAUCACUUUCGAGACAGAAGUUUAUCACCAAGGUCUGAAGAUAGAUCUGGAGACACAUUCCCUGCCUGUGGUAGUCAUUUCAAACAUCUGCCAGAUGCCCAACGCCUGGGCUUCCAUUCUUUGGUACAACAUGCUCACUAACCACCCAAAGAAUGUGAACUUCUUCACCAAGCCUCCAGUGGGUACAUGGGACCAGGUGGCUGAGGUGCUAAGCUGGCAGUUCUCCUCCACCACUAAGAGAGGCCUGACCAUUGAGCAGCUCACCACUCUGGCUGAGAAAUUACUAGGGCCUUGUGUGAACUACUCUGGCUGUCAGAUCACCUGGGCCAAGUUCUGCAAGGAAAACAUGGCUGGCAAGGGCUUCUCCUUCUGGGUGUGGCUGGACAACAUUAUUGACCUGGUAAAGAAGUAUAUCCUGGCUCUGUGGAAUGAGGGGUAUAUAAUGGGAUUUAUCAGUAAGGAGAGGGAGAGAGCCAUUCUGAGUCCAAAACCUCCUGGUACAUUUCUGCUGCGCUUUAGUGAAAGCAGCAAGGAGGGAGGCAUUACAUUUACAUGGGUAGAGAAAGACAUCAGUGGAAAAACUCAGAUCCAGUCAGUGGAGCCCUACACCAAGCAGCAGCUCAACAACAUGUCUUUUGCCGACAUCAUCAUGGGCUAUAAGAUUAUGGAUGCAACCAAUAUUCUGGUUUCACCUCUUGUCUACCUCUACCCCGAUAUCCCUAAAGAGGAAGCUUUCGGGAAAUACUGCAGGCCAGAAGCAGUUCCUGAACCUGAGAUGGGAGGAGACUCUACGAGCACUAUUCAGCCAUACCUGAAGACAAAGUUCAUCUGCGUUACCCCGUGUCCCUCCGUGUUCAUGGACUUGCCGGACAGUGAGCUGCUUGGGAACGGAUUCCCAGGCACAAACUCUGGAAACACCAGUGACCUGUUCCCCAUGUCGCCUCGCACCCUUGACUCUCUGAUGCACAAUGAAGCUGAAGCCAAUCCAGGACAUUUGGAUUCACUCACUUUGGACAUGGAUGUAGCUUCACCUAUGUGAAAAGAUUAGUCAGCUUUCUUCUUUUUUUUCAUAUAAUAUUGUGAUAAAAGAUUUGAUAAAGAUUCCUCUUUGCCUCUGUGCACCCAUUCUGCCUGUACAGUUUGUUUCUUGUUCCUCUAUAAAAAUGACUCACUUUCACACAAUGGAGAAUUAAAUGGCCUGUUAUUUAGGUUUGACUCUAUAUCCCUGUACUUAGUGUGUGAAACUGUUGAUUGAUACUGACCUGGUGUACAUUAAGCAACUUUCUGCUCCCAUUCAGAACUUCUUGCCUUCAUAGAUGUCUUUAAGUACCAUCAGCUAUCUGAAAUUGUAUUUUUUAAGGAUAUGGUUUUUUAAAAAAGGAUAUGAAUUGAUGUGUCAUUUUCUUUGACUAGAAUAAUUGAGAAUAAUUGUUGUAUAAGCUAUGUGGCUUUGAAACUGUACUUUGAUCGGUUUUGAUGCAUUUAAUGUUUAUUUUUUAAAGCGGUAGGUUUUGUUGCAUUUUGAAUUCCUGUCAAAUGUGGUAUCACUGGUGUUCCCAGGUUGAUUUUGGAUACAUUUAAAAUGAUUUCUAUUCCAUUUUUGUUUUUAGUAUAAAAGUGAUCAUUUCUUCCAUUUCUCAGAGCCACUUAAGGCAGGCUGUUUUCAAGUAAGCUUCUUCCCCAUUAUAGUAUUAUGAGAAAUUAUGUGACAUGACCUGUCAAAGCGAUGCUCUGAAAACAGUUCCUGUCAUUCCCACUUACUACUAAAUUUGUGAUCAUGUGAAUUGCACUUGUUUUUGAAAUGAUCAGUCAUUUUUUUGUGUGUCUGAUAAGAUCAGACAUGCCAGAGAUUAUUUUAUGAACAGUUUAUUUUAGAACAUACUUGUAAUCAAAAUAACCACUGAUGUUUAAGAAAGAUGUUUCACAGUGAGUGUGAACCCUGUUGUUUGAGUUUAAUACAAGACAUGUAUGUUUGUCAUGCUAUUAAAUGUCAAGAGGUUUCCUGUUAACAA